UUUGAGGCAGUAAAAACCAUGUCUUGGGUAGUCUACGCUCUGCUCAUCAUCCUGUGCAAUGUUUGGUGUUUGAUCCACGGGGCUUCUGUGGUGGUCCCAGACGUUGCUGUGAGAUGUGCUGAAGAAGUGCUGCUGCCCUGUAAAGUUCUCCGGGACUCCUCAGUCACCUACCAGACAGCAUCUUGGUAUAAAAUGGCUGGCAACGGCGAAGGAAUAGCAUGGAAAGUCCUUGAUGUGGAAUCUCAUUAUCCAAAAGAACUCAGAGGGUCCCUGGAGCUCUCCAAUGACACCUCCUUUUCACUGAAGAUCAAAAACACGACCAGCCAAAACAGCGGGACAUAUAAGUGCAUUUUGGCAGAACAGAGUGGAGAACGCAAUCUGAGCAGCAUAGUCACAUUAAAAGUAACAGGUUGCCCUGGAAUAGAAGACGAAAAACUUAAAAAAUACAAAACUGAGCUUUUCAUGCUGACUUGCCUUGGAAUUUUUUACUUGCUGCUCAUCUUUUUCACCUGUACAUGCCUAAGGAAAGACAGUAUGUCUCCCAAUUACCAGAAAACCAGACCAGAUAUGAAACACAUGCUCACCCUCAUCAAUGUACGUGAAAUGACAACUUUCCAGGAUUUAAACAGUGACAACACUUGCAAAAAUGGGCUUACUUCAAGUUCUGUCUAAGUUGACGUUGACGGGACCGUGGGCUCAUCAGUAAGCACGACACAAGCUGGAUGGCUGAGUGGUAUGGAGAGGAAAUAAAUGGUAAUAUAUGGCCUCUUCAGAACAGCCUGAAAAUAUAGGUAACCUGCCAGCACUCUGCUUGCACUGGGCAAGCCUUUGAAAAGCACUGUUAUGCACUACAGUAACUUUUAGGAGUUAGGCGGCUAAGAAUUGCCAUUGCAGCUACACAACAGUGUUAUGAUGCUAUUAUGAAGUUGAUAUCAACUUUAUUUCACUCUGCUGUGCAGCCCUCUUCUUCUGAGUAAGAACGCUCCUGUGAUACGAAGACCAGGUUACGAGGAGGCCAUGGCAGUGCAAAGCUGGGUAAUUAAGCUCUUCACUGAACUAAUAGCUCUCAUCUUUCAAAAGCAAACACAACAGGUACCGCAGUAUGAAAAGCUAAGUGUGUGGGGCUGUCUCUGCUCUGAACCUAGAGCAGAUUCCUUUACUCAAAUGGGAUGUAACUUCUCGUGUGAUGUUCAAGUAAGCUGAAGAGGUAAUUUCAGGCUCUUGUCCUGUGUGGAUCAAAUCAACAUUCACUUUUAAAUCUCAGAGUGACAGACAAGCUGAAAUGUAAGAAGGGAGAAAAUAUUCUGGAAGUCUUUCUGGACCAAGAGGAACCAUCUAUCUCUGUGAGAGAAGUAGGGACACGUUUCCCAGGGGCAUCUCUAGACAGGUCAAUGCACAGGAAGAUUGAAUGGACUGUUAACUUUAAAGCAACAAAAAUAAGAAUGAAGCAGCCAGUGAUAUUAAGGACAUGUAAAGAUUACUUUGUGGUUUAUAAAACAUGAAGUCAAAUGUAGGCGACAUCUAUGUCAGUCAAGUUACACAAGGGAUAACCAAAGCCAUGGCUUGGAAGAAAUCAACCAUCCACGUCUUUGGGAUGUGCUGAGUCAGCGGUGAGAUAUCGGAAUGGGAGAUGAGACAUGUGAGCACCUGCUUUUGCUGUUGACAGUGUGCAGUGUAUAUGAAACAAGGACAUGAGAAAAGCUGAACUCGAGCACACAAUAUAUAAGGGAGAGAAGACUUGUCCUCUCAGAUCAAAGAAAGCAAGAGAGAGAUUCUGGAGUCUGAAAUCAAGGAACCUCCCUUAUCUGGAUGCUGGUGCAGAAGGUGGAGCAAGAGGAGUCUAGAGUGACUGUGGGUGUUUAUGCCACAGUAUGAGAAUUUGAGCCAAAACAUGAAUUUGCAAGGACUUAAGAACACAAUCUUAAAAAAGAAAAAAAAUAUCCUUCAAGAGUUAAACUGCAACAUUAGGAUUUUUAGUGGAGUUUGGAAUUCCAGGCUGUGACAAGGAGGCUCUUUCCAUAAUCCUUUGACUCAUUUUGAAGCGCUGAUGGGAGAAAGGCAGCGUGCAUCACUCAGUAGUACCUCUGUUAGCAGAGUAGAUGUCUGCAUUGGUGGAGUCCAAGGGGCUUCUGACCAGAAGAACGGUUACAAGGGAUAUGCGAUUUACUUAGAGCAUGGUAAAUUAAUGCCACGUUUGCUUUUUUUAUAAUCCAUUUUUACAUAUAAAUGUGCGGAACACACUUGAAAUAAAGAUUCAGAAGUAACCUAC